AACCCUAACCCUAAUCCUAACCCUAACUCUAACCCUAAACCUAACCCUAAACCUAACCCUAACCCUAAUCCUGACCCUAACCCUAACCCUAACCUUAACCCUAACCCUAACCCUAACCCUAAACCUUAUGGCCGUAACCCUAACACUAACCCUAACUCUAAACCUGACCCUAACCCUAAUGGCCAUAACCCGAACCCUAACCCUAACCCUAACCCUAACCCUAACCCUUACCCUAACGCUAACCCCAACCCUAACCCUAACUCUAACCAUAACCCUAACCCUAACCCUAACCCUAACCCUAACCCUAACCCUAACCCUAACCCUAACCCUAACCCUAACCCUAACCCUAACCCUAACCCUAACCCUAACCCUAACGCUAACCCUAAUGGCCAUAACCCUAACCCUAACCCUAACCCUAACCCUAACCCUAACCCUAAUGGCCGUAUCCCUAACCCUAGCCCUAACCCUAAUGGCCGUAACCCUAACCCUAACCCUAACCCUAAC